GCUUGGGUUAGAGAUUUCCUCGCUAUGGCUGCGGAGGAGCUGGACAGAAUUCAACUCAUUUCAGACCUGUCCAGCCAAGCUCUACAGGAGUAUGAGGGUCUGCAGAGGAAGCAUGAGACAGCAACCAUCGAGUGCAAGAGGCUGGAGGAGGAGAGAAACGAGGCCAUCAAGAAGCUCAACGAGUUCCAGCAAGUUUCUCAGAGGGUCAUUGAAGAGGUCAGUGCCAUUCAGGAGAACCUGGAGAUCGAGAGGACGUGUAGAGAAAGUGCUGAAGCCCUGGCCUCCAAGCUGAACCGUCAGAACUGCUCUCUGAAGAGGAAAAGCAUGAUGCUGCUGUCCCACCUCAGCCCGGAGACCAUCACUGAGAUCAACCUUGAGGAUGAAGAGGAGGAGGAGAGUGAAGAGCUACAUGCACCCAGUGACGUCUGCCUUGACCCCCAGUACCAGACCACCAUUUCAGAGCUACAAAGUCAGUUGCAGUUAACACUAAAGGAGAAAAAUCAAGCAGUUGCUGAUCUUGAGGCAGUAAGAGAUGAACUGAGGGAAACCAGAGAAGAACUGCUGAAAGAGAAACAGGAUAAUACUGUUUUAAUUGCAGAGACAGUGAGGCAGAAGAAGCUCCUGGGGAAAUAUAACAGAGUGUCUCAGUUUGCAGUGGAGGAAUUCGAGGCCUUACAGGACACCUUGGACCUAGAAAGGCACCUGAGGACAGAGGCAGAGAACUAUGCCAGAGUGAUGGUGGUCGAGCAAAAGCAGCUGAAGAGACAGAGUCAGAUCUUGAUGCAGAGCUCCUCACCCAGUCAAGGUCUGCAGGAGGCCCUCAGCCUGGUCACUAGGCUGACCCAGGAUCUGGAGACUCAGAGGCUGGAGCACCAGAACCAAAUAAAGAGGAUGGAGGACAGACUGAAUAGCUGUGAGGCUGAGAGGGAACUGACGGCGCUGAGGCGUAAACUGGAGCUCAUGGAGGAGGAGAAGAGAGAUUACAGUGACAAAUGCUCCAAGGCUGAAGUGGAGGUCAAGGAUCUGCGGUUUACAGUCGAGGAGCUCCAGAAGAAGCUGCAGGCAGCUACCAACUUGCCCCCAGCACCUCCACCUCCCCCACCACCUCCACCUCCUCCAGCCCCUCAGGCCUCCAACCCGCUCAGUUCCCUGUUGUCACUGAUCCGAAGGCGAAAAGACAUUAGUACUGACAUCCCGCUGGAGGUUCAGGACUCUGCCAAGACACCAGAAGUGGACGUCAAGCAGCAGGCAGUGGAAGAAAUGAUGCAAAGGAUCAAAAAAGGCGUUCAACUUCGACCUGUCGGACAGUCCGCCAGUAGGACCAGGAGACCGCAGAUGGAGAGGCUGCCCUCUAAUUCUGCCUAUCAGGAACUUAAAGGAAUCAUGGAGAACUUCAACAGAGCCUCCCCUCAACCAAAGGCAGUGUGUCCGUCGACAAACGGCGACGACGAGCUGCAGAGGAUCCUGCUGAGACGGAGGGAUGCACUGGAGUCCUAACACGAUGCCAGUCUCCAUCCCAUCCUGUCCCCCGCAGUGUGAAGGGUGCCCCAGGCUGAGGUCGGCCCUGACGUCACCUUCAUCCUGUACAGACUGGCUGUGGCCGGUGGAAAAUCACAUGAUGCUAAAUUAAUGUGGAGCAUUUCAUGAUACUGUGCAAAGCAUUAAAGCAUAACAUAACAUAGAAUAAUCAUAAUCAUCAUUUUUUCUAUUAUGAGGAGUCAGUAAUGCAACCAUACGGGUCCUGAGGGGAUUUCCACAUCAUAGAAAGGAAAGGUCAGAGCAGACACCCUGCGUUAGUUACACAGCGUGUGUCAGUGAUUUAAGAUAAAGCCAUUUCAUUUCAGUGACAUGGAGGAUGUAAUUCCCACACCACCUUUUCAAUGUUUUUUCAGCUCUUUUUUGGAUACUGAAGGUAAAGCCCAGUUCAUUGUUUGUUUGUUUCACAGUGAGGAACAGCGAUGGCUUUUGCAGCCUUGAACUUUUUCCAAAGCAAAGUGUGUCUCUGAAUUGUUCUGUCCAAACGUCAGAGUGUGUUUCCCCUCAUUCAGUCACACUCACACCACCCAACUUUCUUAGGCCACCAGUUUAUGUAGGGCACUGCCUCCAUGGUGCAGGUUGAACCACCUGUUCUGCUUUAGAAAGGACGUCAGCUGGCAUUAAACAGACCUGCUUAAAACACACACACACUGCAUUAGUAUUUAUUCCAGGACCUGAUGUGUGAGGUGUGAAGUCACAGAUGUGAUUAAUAUUAAUUUUACAAUCAAGAGCAUGUCAGUUUGCUCUAAAGGAAAGACAGACAGAAAAAUGAAGCUAGUCUUGGUUAAACUUGCAGACUAAAUGAUGUUUAUAUACGACUGAUUUCAAACAGCAUGUAGUUUUAAAGACAAAUCUAAUGCAGCCCAAUUGAAUCAACACAGUGAGGGAUCUCUUUCAUUAAAUGAAAAUGUUGAAGGACAUACUGAUAACAUUGUCACUGACAUCAUAUUUCUUUUGCUUUCCUUUCAUAUGUAUUUGUUGCUAUUGGAAAAUGAUUUGUUUAAUGUUUUGAAGGUUAACUUUUGGUUCAGGUUCAGAGAAGGUGGUGGCCUGGUUAAACCCUGAAAAUAUCAACAGUGUCUGUUGUUAAUCAUCAUCUAUCCAUCAUCUCUCGCUAAGCUUCACCACAGGGACUUCAUCACUAAGCUGGGCUCUGGAUCAGACCCCAGACUCUGGUGCAAAAGUCCACCUCCCUGCGGCUUGUGUGUGGACAGAACGACAGCACUUCCCUUAUUUGAAUGAAUGCUGAGACGGUUGGUGUCAGUAUGUCCAGGUUAGACCUAAUGUCUCAGCUCUGUUCCAGUUGAAACCUCUCUGUAAAUGGAACUGAAUUGUGAUUCACUCAUCGUCAGUUACAGACAUGUCUAAUACACUUGCCUUUGUGACUGAAAUUUGACUUUGUUGGAAUGAUUUUGCUCAGAAUGUGACAAACCUGUUUCAUGGCUGCAUUACGUUCUGCUGGUCUGCUGAGGCUGCUGUUGGUGGAAAAAUCUCUUCAAUGGAUUUCUCCCUGUGUGACCUUUGUGUUGGAAACUCCUGUCUUUGUGUUCAAUUCUGAGUAAAUGAAACUGAAAUCGGGUUUUCAGAAUGAUAUGAUGAACAAAUGCACAUCUGUAAAUGACAAGACUGAAAACCACAGAGUAUUCCACCGAGUCCAGAAAUGCCAAACACUUCACCAGUGGCUGUUCUGAAACAGUGUUAAAGUGUCUGAGGGGGAUUAAGUGGGUUUUCCCUUUAAGCCUCAGUAGGAUGAGGGUGUUAGUCAGGUAUGGAGCAGAAGAUCAGUCCGUGCUCUUUGAUAAUCACAAUGGCUGUGCUGGUGAUUUAACCACAAUGGUGGGCUGCUCGUGCGUUGUUUUGUUUUCCCUCAACACCUGCCCGGACACUUCCUUGAGCGAGGGAUUGAAACACGAGAGCUGUGAACUGUGGGUGAUGUCCGUACCUUUUGUGUGCUGCCGUUAAUUAAAGCUUAGGCUUCGUUUAGCACUGAGGUGCAAUUUCCAGCUCCCAAUCCCCCCGAACAGAGUGUGGAGGAAAUGUCAUUGUGGCUCAAAGUCUGUCCUCUGAGCAGACUCAUCAGCAGCAGGCUUCAAAGACUUCACUCUGUCUCCACACGUUCAUUCACUCCUCACUCCACCGAACCAAAUGUGGCACAGGAAGUCACACUCUAAUUUUAUUUAGUCACAACACUGGAGCUCGUAGAAGCAGGAAAUGAUCUGUAUUUGGCUUUUCCUCUCCUUUCUCAUGACACAAGGACAAAGAGGAUGUGUGCAUUAUGUUGGACAACGUCCACAGGGUGGGGUGUCAGUGAGCAGUGGAGCUGCUUGAUUAGGAGUCAAACUGAAGAAAAGACAGCCUUUGUUUUGAUUUAUGUCUCUGCCUCCUCGUGUCGUCCAUAUCUGAUGAAGGUCUUCUGGCUGAGCCUCUCCUGGCACGGCUCAGUGUGUGCCAACAUACAAUAUGGUCUUUGAUUCAGAGGUGGAGUGACGCCAGGCUCGUCUUCCUCUUCCUUCUCUCUGCAGAAACACAGUCAAUGACCGGCUCCGUUCCUUCCUUCCUUCCAUCUGCUGCAGCCACCGCUCUCCCUGAUGUUGAUUGAUGGACGGUACACACGCUGCCGAUCGAGGCAAAACAUGUAAUUACACAAACCAUGCUGUGUCCUUUUCUUCCCUCAGCCUGUCCUCCGCCGCCAUUCUCAGCUCCUCCGUCUUCUCCCUCGUCAUCGGCUGAUACAAUAUAACGUUUUGUUGUUUUUGUAUUUUUGUCCCUUCAGGGACCAGCAAUUAGGGAGGUCCUUUUAGUGUGUCUGGGAAACACUUAAUUUGACCUAUUUUGUUAGUCGUUUCAUUUAUUUUCCCAAACACAGUAAUUGCCUGCCAGGGAGCCUCAGCUGAGACACUGCUGUGUGUCCGGCCUCAGUUUGCGUCUGCACAUUUCAUUGAUUAGAGGUUGUCUUCACUCCCCGACAUUUACAGCCGUAGUAAGCUGUCAGCAAACCAAAAAACCAAAUUGAAUGAAUCUGGAAGAAUUAGCGGCUGGAGAACAUUUGUUAUUUCAUUUAUUUGCCCCUUGAACACGUGAAGUUUGGAGAAAAUGAAGUAAUUGUAUUGAAUAUAAAUAAUCUAAAAAUAGAACUUCAUGUAAACUGUGACAAGUGAAAGUGGCACACAAAGGACAAAAGAAACAGACGUGUACUGCUGGGUUUUAUUUGGACCUUUUAUCAACAUCUUAUGUCUAAAUUUUUCAUUUCCAGCCUCAAGAAGUUAAACAGAAGUAUUGUAGUGUCAGCAGGGCUGCGUCAGCCAGAUUCAGUCUGAUUAAUAGAAAAGAGCUGUGAAUAAGGGAUAACUCACUUGACAGGCUCAUUGAUGCAGCUCUGUGUGGCGGGUAUACAAAGCUCUUGUGAAGCUCCUCCGUUCCUCACUGUAUACAAGCAGCCUUUUCUGUGUGCCGCGGGCCGAGCGGACGCUCUCCUGUUUCUACACACUGACAGAAUCAUUUCCUCGAGGAACUGAGGAGCCACGAGAGGGGUCGCUGAGAGUGCUGACCGGUUAUGAAGGGGCCCUUACCCCACAUGUCCAAACAGACCGGAGGCAGGCUUUGUCGGACAACAGCGACAUGGCGCUGUGUGUGUGUGUGUGUGUGUGUGUGUGUGUGUGUGUGUGUGUUUGGGCAUUUGUCCUCCCACAGCUUCUUCCAGCCUUUUAUUAUCCACAUGUGUUAAGGCACAGAGCUUCCACUGGUUAAAUGAACUCAAUAAAUGCAACAACAUCAUUUUUCUAUGUGACUCUCAAAUCAGUCUGCUCAUAUAUU